AUGCCCCUCUAUCUCCCAGAAUCUGAGACUAAAUCCCGUCCCGAUCUUGCUAUGUUCCAAACUCUUAUCCAGCCUAUAUUUCCUUCUGCUCGAGUCCUAGAUUAUAAGCCACUCCGCGAUAACGUCUAUCCGCGUUACCUUCUCAAACUCUCUAAUGGACUCGAUCUCACCGUGAAGGCCAGCCCUAGGCAACCCACCACACUGCUACGUCAAGAAAAACACUCCCUGAGGACGGAAGCCGCGGUCCUUUCGUUGUUGGCUUCACGAAACAGCCCAUAUAUCCCACGUCUCUUCGGCUUCGAUGUCCUAAAGUUUGAUCCUAGAACUCAUUUUCUCCUAAAGCAAUCACUCAGCGGGGUGCCACUUAGUGAGAUUGAUCCGUCGUCUCUCACUUUUGCAGAUCGGAAUCGUGUAGAUGAGCAACUGGGACGGACGGUAAAAUUCCUCGGCCAGUUCACAUCCACCCAAUUCGGCAAUUUUCAUUCCGUUUCCCAGGGUAGGGGAAGACAGAGUUGGAAACACGCAUUCCUAAUAUUCGCUGAAUCAAUCCUCUAUGAUGCUGAAGAUAUGUUCAUUUCACUGCCAUACGCUGAGAUCCGUCACCACAUCAUGCGGCUCAGCCCAGCGCUUGGUGUUGUUACGGAACCCCGUCUUGUUGUCGUGAAUAUUGGAGACGAAUCGAAUGUCCUUGUUGACCCGGACACCAAAGACGUGACGGGAUUUGUUGAUUUCAGUGAUGCCGUGUGGGGUGAUGUUAUGAUGGCGAAGGUCUUCGAGAAUCCAUCGGCAGCUCUAUUAAAUGGAUAUGGAUCUAGCAAGAUGCAGAUGCAGAUGGACGAUGAAUUACUACGUAUCCGCUUACUCCUGUAUUCCUGCUAUCGCCAAAUAUGUGAAAUUGUGAAGCAAUACUACCGCAACUGGCAAGACGACGAGGAAAUGAGUGCUCGAAGAAGGCUAACGACGAUCCUCGCAGAAAUGUCUGCGCUGAGCUGUUAA